GAGGAAAUGCACAUCCCGCUAUACGCGUAACAGAAAGUGGAUGCCUUUUCUCCAAAUGCUGCAACGCCAUGUCCAUGCAAGACAAUCAAAAUGGUGUAACUUGUACUUUGCACAAUGUAAUGUUCAUCCGCUUGCCCUGAUGGACCAUCGUUGUUCAGAAAUGGCAUUAAAUGGGAGCAGAGGGCUGACAGGACCUGUGGCUGGAAUGGCAGAGAAGGAAACUGAGGCUUUCACAUUUAAUGAAGCAUUUCUUUGAAGUCACGCUAAGAGGAUGAGCGUGGCUGCGCGCACAUCUGCCCACCUCGACUUCCUCUUCUGAGACACCGCCGGGAGCAGCCCCCAAGAGACAUCUAUUUAUCAAAACUUCAUCGAGUUGAAGAUGGAAAAAAGACAGUUCUUCUCCCUCUUUUGUUUGCUCUUGGUGCCCAGCGUUGCAGGCCAGCCUGAAGAUGUCAUCACACGAACAGAAGUGGUCCACGCCUUGCCUGGUACCAACGUGACCCUGGUAUGCACCUUCCCAAAACCACCUGACACCUACAUAAUACAGACACAGUGGUCCAAGACUGAUGACACCCAGCUUACCAGAAUAGCUGUUUAUCACCCUGCUUACGGCACCCAUUACUUCACCUUUCCUGAGGCUUCUUACAACUUUUCGGUAUCCUUCAGCACGAGAAAGUGCUGCGGCUGGGAUGUUACAGAGGCUUUGUGCUCCCCUGGUCAAAACGCCACGUCUGAAUGCAAUCGGUGGGCUCUGCAUCUGAAAAACGUUACCAUCUCCCUCAGCGGGUGGUACGAGUGCAGUUUUGCUACUUACCCAUAUGGGACAAAGGCUGCAGAAAUUCAACUUAUUGUCAAGGCGGAAGAGGAGCAGCGCUACGUGAAGGAAGUGCGGUUAAACCAGACUUUAGAAAUUCCAUGCCUUGAGGACACGACCUCAGAUAAUUUGUCCAAUUACCCAUUGAAAUGGCUCGUGGGCAAAAAUGGCAGGAGAGAGGAACUGGUGAGCAAGGAGCCCUCCCACCCUGCAGUGUACGGCAGCGGCAGCACGCAGUAUGGGCCAAGAGUUCGCCUGGCUUUGAAUAACACUCUGAAGAUUUUCGCCACCCAAAUCACAGAUGAUGGCAGGGUGUUUUCCUGCCACGUGGUGUACCACCCCCAGCGUGUCCUGAAGAGCAGCACCACCGUGAGAGUAUUCGCCUACCCUGAGAUCUCCGUUAGCCUGCCGGAGGGCUCAGCUGGCACCUCGCCGAAGCCUAACGUGAGCUGCGUCGUGAGGAAGGCGUUUCCCAAGCCAAGCCUUGUGUGGUACGUGGACAAAGCGAGCCUGGCGGAGCAGGCCGGAGAAAUUUCUGUUGAACAAGAAGACUCACAAGACAGUGAAGGUUUCUAUCAGCUGAGAUCAACGUUGUUCUUGCAAGGGACCCACCAGACACCUAAGACAUUCUCGUGUGCAUGCCUGUUUUCCUCCCUCAGGAAUGGAACAUGGACUAUCUCAUCAGAAGAAAUAUCUAUUUCCUUCGACAAUAAGUCUAAUGAAGCCACAUCUGACGCUUUUAACACCAUAACUUCAGAAGAGCACCAGUCGACAUCUUUGGCCUCUCUGGAUUUCGCAAGUCAGGCAAGCUUGGCUCCUGCUUCCACGACACAAGUGGGAGCACCGAUUUCUACCACAGAGGCAAAAAGCUACACCAGUGCCACAGCAUCCACCGAGCGUCUGACGGCAGCAUAUUUCAACUAUUCCACCACCGAAUCCCUGCAAAGCCUCAGGAAUGCCACACACUCCUCCGAGGAUACAACCCUGGCGCAUCGUAACCUGUCCUUCAGCAUCACAGAGCAGACAAUUUCAGUUACCAGAGGGAAAGCUUUCUUUACUACCAGCAGCCUGCUCAAUAGUACUGGCAGCGUGAGGAACACGAAAGCCAGCCACUUCCCCUGGCCAACCCUGGUAGCCAUCCUGCUCCUCUCCUGCAGUAUCCUGGUAGCUUUAGGCGUCAGGAAAUGGUGUCAGUACCAGAAAGAGAUUAUGAGCAGACCUCCAUCUUUCAAGCCACCACCCCCUCCGAUAAAAUACACCUCCAUGGUGGAGUCCGACGGGACUCCCCCAUCCUGCCACGAACUGGAAAACCUCUAACACCACCUGCACCCCUUGUGCAGCGCGCAGAAGACUGACACAGUUAAAAGGCUCUGUCUUUAAAGCAGUCAUUAUAGGAGUUUGGUGUUAAUGACCCACAUUAAAAUUCAGAGCGCCUAAAUGCCAUUAACGCUGGAAGCUGAGCACUCCUGAGGACACUUACUUCAUCCCGUCUCUCUCUAUGUAUGCAUUACGUUAACACCAGUUUGAGUGUCACCGUGAGAUUCCACGUGCUUAAUUUGAAUUGGGUGAUCAGCUGGGAAUUUGCUGUCUUGUUAAUGGGAGCAGAUUAAUGCAUCACUUCGCCAGCCUGCCUGAAGAGUGUCGAAGCUUUUUUGUUUUACUGAGCGUAUAGAGAUGACAGCUCUGCCAUACGGACAUCACAAUUACAUGGGAAAUGUUGGCUUAACACAAGCUUUUUGAUACCUACGUGAGCCAUUCUCACAAUUAUUAUUUUUACUAUACAAGUAUUGACUAAUGUGGCCCAAUAUAUAAUAUCCUAUCACGGUGAAACCAACCAAAAAAAAAUCAGCACCUUACAAGGAAAGAAAAUAGUCUGCAUCCCUCCUCAUGGGGUUGCAGCACAGGAUCGCAGGGAGGGGUUGGUGUGAUGGAAGGGCCAGCACAGCCCUGGUGAACGCAUUCGUGAAGAAGAAUCGGUUGCUGUUGGUGGCCUCAAAAGUCACCUUUGGGCUCAGGUACAAGCCACCCAUGGGCUGGAGAGUUAAGGACUGAAGUUAAGAAGGACCCUAACAAAAUGGAAAAUGCCAGUCCUUUUGGAAGUGUGGUGCCUUUGAAACAAUAACUUCUCUUGAGCUUGAAAUAAUGUUUACAGUACAUGUGAGGAAAGAAAGGAAUAUAAUAAUUUUAUUCUCCUUUGGUCUUAACAGGCUCCUGUCAUUUGCUGUCUCCACAUUUGUCAAGACCUCAGGGGUAGCUUUCCAGGUGGCUGAAGCCUGGGGAAGGGUUGGUCUAGCCCUGCCUGGGCUGUGUAUGUCCUUACACUGACACUAAUGAUUAAAUGGGGGUGCAGAGGGUGGGAUCGGCUCAGCCCGCCGCAGGGUUCCCAGCUGCCUGAUCCCUAAUGCCAGGCACACCAGCAGCAGCGGGCAUGCUGCCCUUGGCAGCAGGGUGGUCGUACAUUGCCUUCAGCCGGCCAAGAUGCUGUCCCACCAAGUCUGUUUGGAAAUGUAUUGUUACCAUAAUGGUAUUUCUGUAAUUAAUACAAAUCAACUGAAAUCCAAUCACA